CGUUCGCGCCCAUCACACCCGUUUCACCGUGCGUUUGCGUAGGACGACAUCGCGCCCCUCUCCAUCCCCCUGGAACGAGCCGCCGCAACUGCAGUCGGUGUUUUCCGUCGACGACCGUCGAAAUCGAAAAAAAUCGUUUUCAAAUUUCCCGGCGGUCCGGCUCAGUCCAGACGACAUUUUUUGCACACGAUAUAAUAAUACAAUAUCAUUACAACUGUUCGUCCGUCCGUUCGUCUCGUUCGCGUCGUCGCGCUGUUGGCUGUUUCUCGGCGAAUACUCCGUGUGGCAGGCGCGCCGAACACUUCCGAAUAGGAUCGAAGCCGUUCCGGUUGACAUGUCGGGCCCGACCCUCAAGAGACUUUCGGCGCCGCCGUUAUCUGUAUUGUGGUCUGCCAUAUUGCUGUUACAAGUGACAGUGACUGUAGUUUCUGGUCAAGAAGAGGAUGUGACAAAGGUAGAUCUCGAUAAUGCAAUUUUGGAAGUAUUUCCAACCCAAACACCCUCACCACCGCCAUCGGAUCGGUGUAUAUGUGUACCAUACUAUUUGUGCAGAAAUAAGACGAUUAACACAGAUGGUGAAGGAUUAAUAGAUAUUAGGUUUAAAGAAGGCCCAUGUCCCAACUACUUGGACGUGUGCUGCUACGAUCCUAUGAAAUCGUCAGAGACUUCAAAUAUAUCUUACGAUGAAAAGCGUACGAUCUGUGGUCAUUGGAACUCUGCUGGCGUAGGAUUCAGAAUAACUGGAAACUCAAAUAACGAAGCACAAUUCGGCGAGUUCCCCUGGAUGAUGGCAAUUCUUAAAUUAGAACCUAACCAAUCCAAAACUUACCUGUGCGGUGGUUCAUUGAUUCACCCAAAAGUCGUGUUGACUGCAGUCCAUUGCGUGCAUGGCAAAGACCCGAACGAUCUAGUAAUUCGAGCUGGUGAAUGGGAUUCACAAACGGAAAACGAACUGUUACCGUUACAAGACGGCCAGGUCUACAAAAUAAUCAAACAUGAAAAAUAUUACGGCGGCGCACUUUUCAACGACGUGGCGCUGAUCUUUGUCACCCAACCGUUCUUGCUCAGAGAUAAUGUGGGCACUCUUUGUUUGCCCAGCCCGAAUUACGUGUUCUCUAGGGAAAGAUGCUACGCCAGUGGUUGGGGCAAAAAUGUAUUUGGUAAAUCCGGCGUGUAUCAAGUCAUUUUGAAAAAAAUUGAUUUGCCGAUCGUACCACGUAAAUCGUGCUUGGAGUUGUUAAGAAAGACCAGGUUGGGCAUGAAUUACAAAUUGCACGAGAGUUUCAUCUGUGCCGGUGGGGAAAUUGGCAAAGAUACUUGUCAAGGUGACGGUGGAAGUCCUCUGAUGUGUCCACUUGAGAAUAGACCCGAACAGUUCCACCAGGCCGGCAUCGUGGCGUGGGGAAUCGGAUGCGGUGACGAGACACCCGGCGUGUACGUGGACGUGGCCUUGUUCAGAAACUGGAUCGAUGAGCAAAUGGCUAGGGAAAAUUUGGACACGAGCUUCUAUGAUCCUGAUUACGUUCCACCGAAUUAAAUUUUCUCUGCAUCUCUCUCUUUCAUAUAGACACACACAUACCCUCCGGUCUCAUUAACCCUCUUUCGUUCUUCUCUCGAUUCUAUAUCUUUCUGUCAUCAAGCCACCAGUCGAAUGAAGCUAAGGUUGGCCCGGUUAGGGGGUACACUCGUCUAGGCGUGUAUUGGUGUGUCAAGUGUAUUUAUCAUUAUCAUUAUUAUUAUUAUUACAAUUAUAUACUUAUUACCAUACCGAACAAAAAUUAUGUAUGAUGAGAUAUGCGAUGCGAUUCUAUUUUAAAUUUUAGUUUGUACCAACUUGUACCCGAUCUGUGAAAAUAUACAACGCCAAAAAAACCGCAUUACAAUACAUAAUAUGAUUUUCGAAUUAUUUUUGACGUUACCCUUCAAAAUAGUCAAACGUCUAAUAGUUAAGACUACUCCACCCCGCAAGGCUCUGCAGUUUUGAUAUUGAUAGGCCUCAUUCUCUGCAUCUAAUUUGUAUGUAACUAUUGUACCUAUCUAUAUAUUAUACAUCGCUCGUAAUAUAAUGAUAUCGACAUGUCAUCGUUACAACUUAAUUCGGUAGACGUAAAAACGAUCAGGUCUGAAUGUCUGAUCUUUAGAAAAUAUUUUAGUUUAAUUCAACGAAUGUAAUUAUAAAUUAUCCACAGUUAUAUUAUUAUAUUAUUUCUAUUGAGUUAAAAAUAUAUAGUACCUAAGAUUGCAUAAUUUAAAUUUAUAAUGUAUUUGUAUUGUAUUAUUAUACUUUUAUGAAAUAGGUACCUGUCAUUUGAACUUGAAACUACAAACUAUUUAUAAGCUAAAAUAAUGUUGUAGGGCUAACCUAAAUAUGAAGUUAUAAAUACUCAAUUAAUUUUUUGAUUUUAUGCAGCAGUAUUUUGUCGUUUAUUCGAGAAACUAUGAAAUAAAUAAUUUAAAAAAAUACUA